ACUCGGCUUCCUGCGAAACACACACCGUCUCCUGGCGAACAUGGCGGCAACUUGACAACGGCAGCGAGAUGAAGACGGCGAGGGCUUGAAAAAGAAAAGAGGUUCGUACCAGGCUGUAGGCCCCUGCGCCGACACAAAGGCAGACAGCUUCGCCAUGUUGGAGGAGGAUAGCGCCCUUGUCCCUGCACGACCGAGGCCGGGGAAAACGUAAAACGCGUCGGUGAGUGUUUCUAAAAACGGAGUCGCGGGCUACGCAGAGGAGCGGAGCGGCGCGGAGCUCGGGGCGGGCAGGGGAGGGACAGCGGCUUCACCGGUCAGCCAUGGAGGAUGCGGCCCGUGGUCGCCAGCGUCUAAUUUCCCAUCCGGCCCACGCUCAUUUUAAUGGGAAUUACCGCUGAACGCGAAGGCAAGCCGGGACGACCCACCGCCUGACAUUCCGAGGGGGAAGAAAACGCGAAGCGGACCCACCCCCCCCCCACGUCAAUGACUGUUGCGGCAGAGGAGCCCCCACGGUGGAGUCGGCCGGUUCCCAAAAUAUGACCAGGGGUGCUGGGACGUGUUGGCAGCAAGAAGAUGACGACGGCUUCCAAAUCUGGCUAGAGCCCCCCCGCGACAACCAAAAGCCAUUCACCGACUCCGAGAGGGUGCAGAGAUGGCGACUGUCCUUGGCUUCCCUCUUGUUCCUCACCAUCCUCCUCUCUGAUCACCUGUGGUUCUGCGCCGAGGCCAAGCUGGCACGGACCCGGGUCAAGUUCGCGUCCUCCCACCUCCUCUCCCCCCAGACCCACUCAGCACACAGCAGCCUCAGAGGAACCCCAGAUGCUAUUUUUAUAGGUAACUCUACCAAACAUGUGUGGCGUCUCGAAACUUGCCACCGGGAUAGUUUGUCUAAGAACUGCUUCACCUUCGCAGACGCCGACCACUUGUGCGGAGGCCUUUCCGACAAAGAGGGGACGCCGGCUGUAAAUAUGAGCGAUUUGUACCUCUCCUUUUGUAACUCCUACUCUCUGCUGGAUUUGUUCUACGGGUCGACGAGUCCGGACAAUUUGAACUGCAGCCUCGACGUGCUCGGCGACGGCGACACGGCCAGGUGCAGCUUGUGCGUCCAGGCGUACCAGCGCUACGACCAGCACGCCCAGGAGAAGUACGAGGACUUCGAGCUCCUCACUCAGAAAUACGAGCCGGGGGCUUAUUCGGUGAGGACGUGCAUGGAGCAGUGCAAGACUGCCUACAAGCCCUGGCUCUGCGCUCAGUACUUCCCCACCACCCAGCUGUCCUGUCCGAGGAAGGUCCCGUGCCACCAGUACUGCCUGGAGGUCCAGCAGAGCUGUCCGUUCAUCCUGCCGGACAACGACGACCUGAUCCACGGCGGCAGCCCCAGCUUCAUCUGCACAGGGAUCCUGGCAGAUCAUCUAUCAGACAGCGAGGCGGAGUGCUGCGACGUCCGAUGGGACCCCAAAAUGGACAGCCCCUCAGGCGGGACACUAAAAAGGACAGCCUCCUCCUGCCAGCCCGAAGGCGCCUCGGUCACCUCCGCUGCCACACCGAGACUGUGCAGCGGGCGACUGAAGAUUUGCCUGCUGGCCCUCGUCCUCCUACACACUGUCAUCAUCAUCUCGGCCUCCCACAAUGCCACGUUGGUGGGCGUGGUGGCCAUUUUCUCGCCAGAGGAGAGCGCUUCUAACGAGGAGUGAACCUUUUUGACGUUGAAUUCGAUGCUCGCGGGGGAGCGAGGCCGGUUUUUUAUUUGCGGGGCUGCCGGGGAACGCGAUGAAACGCACUGGAGAUCGGACAUCAACCGAACCCCCCCCACUCCAAAAAGGAUUGACCUCUUGCCACUUAAAACCUGCUCAUUGUUUCUAGCCAACCCAAAUGUUUUUUCUAGCAUUACUUCCCUUCCUCUCCCCGCCCCCCAGACCUUUCCCGCUUGUAUGGACGGCAUGUCGAAGGGGGAAGAAAAAUGGGACAUCGACAAAGUGCUGCAUACUCAUUUUUUGAUUAUUUGUUUGUUUCAUUUCUUUCAAAUCUUUUUUUUUUUCUUCACAUUUCAACAGUAGUUGCACUUGCUGCUCUCCAUUACCUCGGAGGGGGUGUGGGUAGGUGGUUGGGGGGGAGGGGCUUAUCCAUCAUUCACGUGGGUCUCUCUGCAAACCAAAAUUCUGCUAGACCCCCCCCCCACCAAACACUCUGCCCUUAACGAUGGUACAUGCCUACGCGUUUUAGGACCUUAAGUGCUCUGAGACCGGCUUGUUUAUGUUCUCUCUUGCCGGGGGCCAAAAGUCGCCAUGCGGUGCUGCCUCUUCUGGCCUCUGAACGGUUCUGUUUACCUCGAGCACGGCGUGCAAUCAGUGUGGGGGGUAAAAGAAGGAGGGAAUGGGGACGCGAGGCGGCGGUUGCCUGAUGCCAAAACACGAGGGGCCUCAUUUAUCAAGCACUCGGACGCUUGUUUCAAGGCAACUAAAACUAUUUUUUUCUUUAGGUCCAAACCAAAUCCAACAGGUGUGAUUGGCUCAACGCCCCUCCCAAAAAAGGACGUAGCUCAGCGACUACAGCGUGAUACCUAGUAACCAGACACUGCCGGUCCUUCACCCGUCGAGGAGGACGGGUGUUUGGGUUAAAUGUUUGAAUUACACUUCAGAUACGUUCUUUCUCUGAAAAAGUAGACACCCAGGGCAAUGAGCCUGGAGCAGAUUUACGAGCUCGUCUUCUGUGACGGUUCUCGAUCAAUGAAGCCCCCCCCCCCCCCCCCCCGGAUCUUUGAGUGCCUCUUUCUGCUGCGUGCGCCCGCUGAGGCCGAUGACGGAGAGGUACAGACACUUCAGUACUUCGGCCAGCCAAUCAAUCAGUCGUUGAAUCUUAAAUACCUUGAGACGAGCAAACCCCUCCCUCCCCCCUGCUAUCUCUCACAGACUAUAGCAAAGGGCUGUGUUAGUGUUGGAAUGUGAGGAGUUUUCAAAGGGCUGAUCAUGCAGUUUUGUCCCGUUUUUUUCAGAUCAAAAUCUUGCCGGCUGAAGUGUACGUGGAACCGAGGGGCGGAGUGGCGGGGGAAUAAAACUUUUGAGCCGGUGGGAUUAACCCAAACGUUAAAAUCUGAUACCAAAAAAGUCCUGUUCUUCAUUCCUAAAUGAUCGUUUCAUUCCAAAUUGAAGUUCCACCUCUAAGCGGUUUCCUGGCUGUGACAGCGUGGUCCCAGAUCCCGCCCCCGCCAUCCCUUGGAUGACCUUGGCUUGCAUCCCCUGUGCUGUGGAAGCCCUACGCUCACAACCCCUUCAGAGUUUCUGCAACUUUUAGCCCCUCCCACCUUAAUCUCUUUGAACCCUCCCCUUUUCCGCAGGUUCUGCUUAACGUGUUGUUUCCGCUUGGUUUGUUUUCCCCCCGAAAACAGCAACGGGUGUAACAGGCCCCCUCCAAUCUCUAGCUGUUCACGAUCUGAGUCCUGUGGAUCUAUGCAGAUGAACCCCACCCAAAACUGACACCCACCCA